AUGGCUGACAACAACCCCGGAAACUUUGCCAACCGCCCCACCGAGGAGGUUCGUCAGAUUGCGGCCAAAGGCGGCCACGCCAGCCACGGCGGCGGCAUCACUCAGAACCAGUCCUCUGGCACCGACAACACCAACCCUGGCAACUUUGCCAACCGUCCCAAGGAAGAGGUCCGGGAAAUUGCGGCCAAGGGCGGCCACGCCAGCCACGGCGGCGGCAUCACUCAGAACCAGUCCUCUGGCACCGACAACACCAACCCUGGCAACUUUGCCAACCGUCCCAAGGAAGAGGUCCAAGAAAUUGCGGCCAAGGGCGGUCACGCUAGCCACAGCGGCGGCUUCGCCAGCAUGGACGCGGACAAGCAGCGCCAGAUUGCGUCUGAGGGUGGCAAGGCAUCUUCCGGCUCAUUCGAGCCCGGUUCUGAGCGGGCCCGAGAGGCGGGACGCAAGGGCGGUCUCCAUAGCAGCUCCGACUGA